AGUCUGAAAAGUUUAACCUAAAUAACCCUGUAUACCUUUUCAUGUACUUGGUAGAGCAGCACCAACAUAGGAAGCACUUGCAUAAUAUCCAAUCUACGGUUGAUAAUAAGGUUCCAAGGCAAUUUUUGAAGAACUUGGUAAAGAGACGAUUACGAAGGAAUAUUCAGUCAAAUCACGAGAAAGCCAGAUACAAAUAUGCUGAUGAUAAUAUUGAUUUGCUUAACAAGCUAAUUAGUACUAAAUAAUCGUAAAAACUUGCUAAGCCAACGAGCUAAGAAUUCCAAUCCAAGGUCUCUGAAUUUCGUUAAUCGAAAAUAAGGAAAUAGAGAGGAUCAAUAAUGAGAAUACAAGGUUCAAUACUCGCCUUCUUAGCGACGUGAAGCCUACUAUUACUCGAGAAGAUUUCAAGAAACAUGAGAAGAACUAUUAUGACCAUAAAUUAAACCUAACAUCUCUUAAUUAUGGCUAUCUACUUCUAAGCCAACAGGCCCCACAUAAAAGGGAAGGAAAGAUAAAGACUUUAAAGAACAAUAGUAAAAAGCUCGAUAGAAUCACUGAAAACUCUUCGAAAUUCAACAGAGUCUUCUCAGCUGAUGAUAAAGAAACUCUCCGGAUGAAAAAAUUUAAGAGUCCAAUGACGGAUAAGAGAAUGAAUAAAAAGAUCAAAUUUAAACCAAAAUCUCCUGUCAUUCUAAGGCCUCUUAAGAAAAGGGUCAUUAAAGGAUUAAAUCAGUCAACUCUUGAUGUAUUCUCAACAACAGAUAAUAUUCGGAGGAUCAAUAAGUUCAAAUCAAAGAUCAUGAGUAAGUCUCCUAGAGCAAAGAAAAAGAAACCCAGAGUGAAGCCUAAAAGAGGGCGGAAUCAUCAUACUACAAAAGACAUGAAAAUUCUUAAUAUUCAGACUGGACAUCCAAUGUCUCCUUCUCCUGAGGAGACUUCUUUUCCUGAGAGGAAUGAGAGGGGGCAUUAUCAGAAUCCUUCGCCUACUGAUAGCCAAGCCCCCCAGAUAAACAGUACAAAGAAUACUUCAGAGAUGCGGCCCGAUUCUAAGACUAAAGAUCUGAUAAACCCCAAGGAAAUGCCUCUAAGGAUAAACACAAUUGCGAGCAACACAGCUCGAAAGAGUGAAGUCGUAAGGAAUGUCCAAAAGAAGCCCAAAAUAGUCAACAGAAUUCAGUCUAAGGUUAGCGUGGUUAACAAUCCGACUCAGAGCAGCAAGAAAGAGAGCAGGAAUAGUUCAGCCAACUAUAACCCUAUCUCCAGACAGACUACAUAUAGAGGAGACUCUUUUGGCAACAAAGAAGGGCUCAAGAAAGGUAAAGGUAAAAGAAGGAGGAAAGAUACAUAUUCUGAGGCCAACGAAAAGAUCCUUGAUGUCCCUGAAGACCAAAGAGAUAUGAAAUCUGUAAUUAAAGAAGAAGAACAUGAUAUCAAUGAGUCCUCUUCCUCUGAGAAAUACACCGAGCCAGAAGAGUUUAAAGACGAUGAAUCACGCAGUAAAAGUAUGGUCGACUCUGUCAGCGACAUUCGAAGUAGAAAUGAUGGGCUUUCACCUAGUCCCAGCUUAAAGAGCAUUACCAAAAAGAGGCAAAAGAAUAAAAAGAAUAUUGGAGAUACUAAGUCAGGGCUUAAUUCGAAAGCCACUCCUGAACUCAAGUCUAAUACAAAUAAAGAAGGAAAAUUGGGAAAAGAUAUACCAGAAAAUAACUCAGACAUCAAGUCUCAAUCUAUGUCUGAGAAUAAAUCUCAAGCUGUUUCCGAUAAAAAUUCUGUAGACCAAUCAGAAUCUCAAUCUCCAGAAGGAGAGAAGGAAGAGGCUAAGGAAAAGAAGAAGAGUUUGCUGAUUGAGAAUCAUCUCCAUAAGGCAAAAAUAAAGGGAAAUAAUUACCAUGAAUCUACUUCGAACAUCACUCUCAAUCAAUCAAACAUCAAUGAUUCAAAAUUGACCAAAUAUUCUGACAUGAAGCCGAACAAGUCAAACGUAACUGCACAAAAUCGUAGAUCAAGCCAGCAGACGAAAAUCCGUGAUCAGUCAGGUGUAUAUCCCGCAAAAAGAACGAUAAGCAAGAUGAUGACUGAGAAGAUCCCUGAGGAGGACUGAACUCCUCUGAAGGAUAAGACUACCUUCAAUACUCCUACAGAAAUUGUGUCUAACUUUGGAGGCAGAGAGGGUGGUCAGAAUGUUUCUCAAAAGACAAUUACCACUAAUAAUCAACUCAAAGAGAAGAGUCAGAGAAAACCUUCUGUGAUCCGUCAGAAACGUAACACAAUAAACCAUCAAAUAUUUCCGCAUAUGAAGAGAAAUGAUGAAGAUGAUGAAGACGUUUCGACUAUUAAAGACCAGCUGAACAACCUAAAGAUGACAGAUGAGACUAAUAGCAAAAAUAUGUCAGUUAGUGACAAUACUAAUACAGAUCAGGGUAAACGCAAGUCUUUUAUAUCAAACCGGUCCAAGACUAAUGAGUUUGUUUCAAUUAAACACGUACCAGAAGAUAGAAGGAAGAGUAGCUUCGUCCAUUUAAGCACUAUUCAAGAGUCUAGGCCAAAGAAGAUGCUUGAGGUAACAUGACUAGACACUAUGAAGAACAUCCCAUCUCCAGAAAGCUUCAUUUCAGGUGGCAUGAGUCUUGGCCAAGGUGAUAAAAAGAAGGAAGAAUCGAAAUUUUUGAUGACUAAAGAACUUGAAACCAUCAAAGAUGAUAAUUCAUCUCGAUUCCAAUCUGAUCAAGAUUUUGAUGAUUCUGAGAAUAACAAAAGGUGUAAGAAAUCAAUUAGUCAGGAUGAUGAUAGUGUGAGUUCAAAGGACAACACAGAUAUUGCUGGGUCCCAUUGUGAGAAGGAAAAACCAUUUUUCUUUAAUAAGAAUAAAGAUAACCCCCAAGAAAAGGAUGUUCCAAUAAACCCGAACUUUAAAAGAAAACAGACUGUAAAUGUAUUUUCCAGGCAACUUCCAGGAGAAAAGGAGAACUCAAAUUUCAGCUUAAAUGAUAAAUCAGAGAAAUCUAAAGCUUCUCGGAAGGAAAACGCGACUAAGGAGUCCUCCAUGUUCAGCCACACUAAAAAGAGGGCGACUACUUUUGUAUCGUCUUCAUCCCAGAAUUUCUUCGGGAUUGCUGAAGGGAAAUUCAGAAAUCUUGUUCGGAAGAAAUCAACAAGUAAUUUCUUGCCAAAUUACGGCAUAAUGGAGCAGAACAAGAGUAUUAUUGAUAAUAAUCUUGAUAUUUCUCUGCCUUCACAAAUAGAGAAGAAGGAUUCAACCUCUUCAAAUAAUGUCAGUGAAGAAGACGAGUUUGUAAAUGAGCUUGUGGAUGCCCCUCCCAUGCCUCUAGGAGAACUUUCUAGAAAGAGCAGUGUUGACGAUUACAGAAAAGCACUGAUGAAGCAAAAUAAACGCAUUAGCGACAACCGAGUCGGAUUUGAGAGCACAGAAAAUUCUCAGUUAAUAGGAUCGUAUCUCAGUAAGAACUCUUUCAAGUCUAACAUCUCCCAUACACUUCAAAUGUCGAAGAAGAAGUCUUCUUCAGAAACUGUGGUAGAGCUGAAGUCUGUAGUUUUACAAAAAUCGGUGAAUUCUCAGGCUCUUAGAGGGUUGAAAUCAGGAAAGAAUACAAGCAGUAAUUUUGAGAGUGACCAAAUCCCUCAAAUUAAUGAUGAAUCUCAUUAA